AAACUCUAGUACUUAUCCGUGAGAUUAAGCAGAUUUUGUGAACAAUUUUCCAACUGGAAUAAUAAAAGGACCUUUUUUUGUUCAUAAUUUUUUUACCUUUACCUUUUUUUUUUACCACCAUGAGGCGUGGGUCAUUUCCUCCAGUUCUUCCGCAAAUCCAAGAUGGCCGACGGGGACAACAGUGGGACCAACCUCAUCGUGAAUUAUCUUCCCCAGACCCUAACGGAUGAUGAAUUCCGAAACAUGUUCCAGAGCAUUGGUCCUAUCAAGAGUUCCAAGAUUGUGCGGGACAAACACACAAAUUACAGUUAUGGAUUUGGUUUCGUCGACUACGAACAGGAAGAGCAUGCUAGACGGGCUAUUCAAACACUGAACCGACUACAGAUUCAGAACAAGACGAUCAAGGUGGCAUUAGCAAGACCAGGGGGCGAAACAACCAAGGGAGCUAACUUGUACGUGCGAAACUUACCUCGUACCUUCACUGAGGAUGACAUGAACACAUACUUCAGUCCGUAUGGAAAGAUCGUCCAGUCGCGCGUUCUAGUCGACACAGCUUCUGGGACAGGAAAAGGGGUGGGGUUUGUUCUGUUUGAGACAAAGAACCAGGCCAUGGAGGCAAUGAUACAACUGAACGGCACAACGCUACCCGGGGCGUCUGACGCCUUGAACAUCAAGUUUGCUGAAGAGAACGCCAAGAAGGUACGCCCCCCACCAGUCAUGCCAUUCCCUGGAGGGCCAGGGGGACCCCGCUAUGGACCGGGCCCCAUUCGCAACCAAGGAGGAAGUCGUUACUCUCGUUACAGCCCCAUGGCAGGGUAUGGGGGUCAGAAUCAGGGACCCCUGGGACCCCCAGUCGCAGACACAGGGUACACGCUCUUCGUCUACAACAUCGGCACGGACGCAGACGAAAAAACAUUGUGGCAGCUCUUCUCUCCAUUCGGAGCAAUACAGAAAGUGAAUGUGAUAUACGACCAGAAGGCUGGGCAGUGCAAGGGUUACGGAUUUGUCACGAUGACAAACUACUCGGAAGCUGAAUACGCUAUUCAGCAUUUAAAUGGAUACAACUACACAGGGAGACCACUGCAAGUCUCCUUCAAGUCAGCCAAAAAUUAAACUUUUUUUGUUUUUUUUUUUUCUCCCGAAGAAGUGAACUGAAAAAUGAAACUUUCUGUUGACACCAGCUGUCUGAUUUCUGAUUGAAAGAUGCGCGAAAUUUUAAAAAAAUCAGUGUCUGGUCUGGUACAUGUAAAAGUAUGCUCAAAGUAUUUCAACCCCACUCCAGCACUUCUUGUACACUACUGCAUUUUCCUUUAAAUUUUAAUUUUUAUGAAAAAGAGGUCCAAAGGAGAAGCAAAGUAUGGUAUCGCUUCAAGCAAAACGCCAUGUGUUUUUAUAGAUUUGUGUGCAUCUAGAAUAAUAAACCUUAAGUUACAUGUUGCACUCUUUAUUUUA